AUGUUGAAGUUAAAUAUUCUGCUCGUUGUCGGUGUUAUCGCAAAACAGGUAUAUGGGGAUGCACCUGAAGCUAUUGUGGGUGGUAACGUAGCCUUGCCUGGUCAAUUUAAACAUCAAAUCUCUCUUCAAGUAUCUAAGUUCCAUAUUUGCGGAGGUAGUCUGAUUAGCGAGAAUUAUGUCGUCACCGCUGCUCAUUGUGUUGAGGAUCCAGGCGAUCACAGAUACAUGACUGUUGUAACCGGGGCUAUCAGCUCGAGAGGAAUGGAUGGCGAAAGACACAAGAUCAAGUGCAUUCGCAUGCAUCCAGGCUAUACUGGCAAGAAAGAAGACGGCUGGAAGGACGAUAUUGCUGUACUUACUUUGGAAACACCGGCCAAGGAAAACAAUCUCCAAGGCCCGAUUCCUCUAGCAAGCAGGGAUUACGCUGAUGGCAACUAUCGUGGUUUGAUAAGUGGAUGGGGAAAGACCAACGUGAAAUCAAGCUCUUCGCCGGUACUUAAUUGGAUUGAAGUGAACGUUCUGACUCGGGCUCGUUGUUUAAGUGAGCAUAAUAACCCCAAUAAAGCUCACACGAAUCAAAAACACAUAUGCACCUUGGAAGAAUUUGGGAAAGGUGCCUGCCAAGGUGACAGUGGCGGCCCUCUUACUGUCAAUGGUGAGCUCUGUGGUGUCGUCUCUUGGGUAAUACCCUGUGCUUUUGGCGCAUCUGAUGUAUUCACUAAUGUCUUCUACUACCUGGACUUCAUUAAGGAAUGUCAAGAGAUGUGCUGA